AUGGAGCCCGUCGAACUCCCCACGUGGAGCCUCUUCGUAGAUGGCUCGGCUGGGGAUGUCGGCUCAGGUGCCGGGGUUGUCCUCAUCAGCCCCGAGGGUCACAAACUCACCUCGACCGUGAGGUCCAGGUUCAAAGCUACCAACAAUGUUGCAGAGUAUGAAGCACUCCUUGCAGGCCUCAGACUGGCCAAGGAAAUGCAAAUAAAGAAGCUAUUCGUCAAUAGUGACUCCCAGCUGGUUGUGAGCCAAAUUCCCCGCAUCGAAAAUGCUCAUGCGGACGCACUCUCGAAGCUGGCUAGUAGCAAGGACUCAGAGCUACUCACUGUAGUACCUAUCGAGCACCUCCUCCUGCCUUCAACCGAGGCCCCUAAUGUCAUGUGGGUCGGUGGAAUUCCCACCUGGAUGCAACCAAUUAUAGCAUACCUGAAAGACCAGUCUCCAGCCCCUGGCCUUUCUCAAAGUGGGGUGUGGACCUCAUCGGCCCUCUACCAAAGGGUAGAGGAGGCGCAAGUUUUGUAA